ACUGCUUUUAAGCCAAUUAGCGUUACCCCAGCUGUGCAAUCUGCUAAACUUUAGCCACUCAAUCAGCGAAGCGCACCAAUUGUAGGAAACCUCCAGUUAGUACUAGUAAUCUGGCUGAUAAACAUGACACGGUGUCAAAAACUGGUGGUAAACAAACUGCUUGUACACCUGAUUCAGGGUCAAAAUCUGGUACUAAACAAUGCAAGCUGUGAAUUCCCCCAACCCUUCCAGACCGAGCCAGGUCGGAGUUUCCUUAUCAUAUAAAUCGGUCGUUCAAUCUGGCAAACGCUCAAUUGUUAACCCGGUGGCUCUACCAGCUGGCAACCUCGUAAGCGAUACAAACUCUAAAUCUGGUAAAAAACGUGUUAAACCUCCCACAGGUCUCAAAUUCGAGACAACUAAAACCGUUUAUGUGAGUAAUAUUCGUAUGGAUUUCGCAGACGACGAUGAUGUUAACGUUAUAGAUCGUGUUAAAUCGCACACCGCCUCAGUGAAAUUGGACAUAACUAAUGUCGUUGUUGUUCAUAACAGAAGGUGGAUAUACCCGAGGCUCGUCCGGUCCGAUCAUCCGGUCGUAACCGUUAACAAUCUUGAAUUUUUGAAUCAGGUCACCCCUUCUUCUUCUAUACAGUAAAGAGGGAUGUCUUAGUUGUCUCAUUCUGUCUUCAUAACGAAGUCUUUCAAUGAUGGUUCUAAUUUUGUUGCUCUUUGUGCUCUUUCAAUUUUGUCAAUAUCCAUCCAGUGCGUAUCAAAAAAACGCAACAGAUUGUUAUCUCGGAAGAGCACAAAACCAGUGAUAACAGCAUUGAUUUCAUCCAAUGCACCAUAAAGCCACGUGUCUCCUCUUUAAAAUGAUAUAUCAUUCAUUGAUAUUUGGUCAUGGUUCCAAGGGCGAGUAAUCAUUCCAUUUGCAAAGUGGGCCAGAAUUGGCUUGGGACCAAGUUAUAAACAUCGCAAAAGUCAGUGUACGGAGCCCGAUGCAAUAUUGGAAGAAAACAUAAAACCAAUGCUGACUGACUCAAUCAUUCAAUGUACCAAAAUACUCCUCUUUGCAAUGGAAUAUCAUUCAUUCACAAGGAGUCCUGACUGGCCGAAUAAUCAUUAAUUUUGCAAAGUGGGGCAAAAUUCAGCUCAGACUCAAGUUUCAAACAUUGCAAAAGUCAGUACAAAGGGCAUAGGGGCUAUUGGAAGAAGGUGUG